AUGAAACACAGACCUUAAUCAGCAAUCGUAAAGCUGAAAUCAGAGCCAUCAGAUCCUCGUUCCUCUUUUUCUCAUUUAAUGGUGUCUCCUAAACCAAAUAGACUUCCGCAGACACCUCAAUAAUUUCAUAUAGAUCAAGAAACUCUUUAUAUGAAUAAUAUGCAUUAGAAAUAGGAGACUAAUGAAAUCAAAUUUUAGAAUCUCAAAUUAAAAACUCUAGUCUAACAAUUAUAGGUUUAUUUAAUAAUAGUAUAUAUUGUAGGCUCGUAUCUCUAAAAUUGAAAGAAUAGAUAGAAAUCAAUUAUAAGUUGAUCCAUUAGGAAUGUCAACUUAUAAUGGAGAAGGUAGCAUAAUUCCUAUGCUCAAAGCAAAAAUUAAACAAUAAGCUUAAAUAAUAGAAGAAUUGACUACAGAUUUACGUACUUAAUGUAAAUCAGUAAAACUAACUUAAAUUCUUGAAUUAUAGAAACAGAUUAAGAAUCAAUAAGAUGAAAUCAUUAAAUUGAGAUAGUUUUAAUAGAUUGCACUUAAAAUAACAGAUUAAGAGUAAUCAAUUAGUGUAAUUUUAUUCAAAGUUUGUUCAAUGAUCCUGACAUUGCUGAGCGCGUUUAAAAUUAUAUCAAAACCCUUGAUGCCCAAUAAAUUCAUAUUGAUUAAUUGUUAAAGCAAAAUAAGAAGUUAAAUUAAGAAUAUUAAGAAUUAUUAGAAAAAACAAAUAAAUUAUAAGAAGAAUACAAAUAAAUUGGUUUAGAAAGGAUUCAAUUAAAAAAGAAAUUAGAUGAACAAUUGAUAACUGAAACUGAAUAAUAUUAAUAAAAAAAAAGAGAGUUUCUUGAAAAUAAAUUAUAGUAAAUUCAUUAAUCUAUUUAAUAGGAGUGUACUUAAAUAAGUUGAUGUAUUAAAAGGAGAAUUAUCAUUAUAUGAGAAUAAAUAUAAAUAAUCUACAAAGUUAUAAUAAGAUUAAGAAAGAGAAUUCAAAUCAACAAUAAUAAAAGCAUAAAAAACUAAAUAACAUUUAGAAGAAAUCAUAUAAAAAAAAGAAUAAUUAAUGUAUCUUAUAUCAUAAUUCAGUUAGUUAGGAUUUAUAAGAUAGAGUAGCCAUCUAAGAUUUACUCAAAUAAAAAUCAGCAAAUGAAGAACCAAUUGUUAAAUCUAUAUAACCUCCAAAAACAUAUCGUGAUCAAAAUAUAUAAUUCCCUGAACCAUCAAUUUUACAACAUAAACCUACUGAUAUUAUUAAUGCUAUACCUAUACAUUAAGAACGUCUAUAAUAAUUAUUAGAAGAUCUCAAAUAUAAAGUGAUAUCUUUAUGUUUAACUCGUUAAAGAUUAUUGUAUAUCUUUUAACAUAUAGAAUACAUGUAAUUAAAAGAUUCUGUCCAUUAUUUUAUGAGAUCUCCCUUUAAUUAUUAAUAAGAUGAUGCUCUUAUAUUAAGUCGAUAUUUCUUUAGUGAAGAUAAAGGAACUGGAUAUAAAAUUUAAUGGGAAGAUACAUAAAGCAUUAAUGAUUUAAUUUAAAUUAUUGUACCUAAAAAAGAAGACACUUAAUUUAAUUUCAAAACUAUCAUUAAUAGAAAUAAUCUAAUUAAAUAAUUAAAUCAAUAAAUGAAAUACAUUAAAUUAAAUGAUGCUAAAUAUAAUGUAGAUGAUUAUAUCAUAUACAUUAAAAGAAAUACUAAUUUAAAUGAUGAAUAAAUCACAUUUCUUCGAUUAAUUAAUCAAAUCUAUCUAGGAGAUGUAACCAAUAUUGAUUAAGGUUUCUUACGUAUCUAUUUGAAAGAAGAAUGUGAGAUGCAAUCAUAAUUAUAUAAUUUAUAAAAAAUAGAUUUUGUAAUCUAUAGAUAUAUACCAAAAUUGUAAAUAAAGUAAGAUGAUAAAGAAUUUGAAGAUAUUAGUAUAACUCCCUAAAAAACUUCAGAACAAAAAAUUGAUGAAUCUUAAAUAGCAUAUUCAUGUAAUUCACAUUUUCUAAUUUAUUAUAGAAUUCAGAAUUAGUGAUACCUACUUAAAAACUUCUGAAAGCAGAAAACCUACUUCAGCCAGAGAUACUCUCACUUAUAGCUAAUCAUAAAUUGAGAGUGUACCUUUAUUAAAAAGGCCUAGUGAUCAACUAAAUAAAAUUUCUAGUAAAUAAAUUAAAGAAGAAGAAGAUUCUGUUGAAUUUUAAAUGUCUGAUUAAUUUAUCCUAUAACCACCAAAAUUAUUGAAAAACAAAGAACCAAUUUAAGAAACUGAAGAAGAGUAUUAAGAGAUCUAUUAAGAAGAAUUAUGA